CAACCCUCCUCCUCUGCAGAAUCCGAAAUUAAGAGGGGGCUUCAGUCCGGGCCUGAUCACAUAUCACAGCCCCUCUUCCUGCGGCUUUCCGAUCUCCUCACUCAGCGCCUGUUAGGCUCUGUUAGAGUGAAGGCCUGGCGUCACGUGACAGCGGGCGGGCGGGCGGCCGGUUGCUAGGCAGCGGCGGCUGUUAGUUACCGGCGAGGCCCAUAAUGCAGCGGGGCAGCAAGAAGAUGGGGGUCAACAAGCAGGUAAAGCAGCAGUUCGUUAUCCACACACGGUGGCCCGAGGCAGAGCAGACUGUCAUGGUGGCACAUUCCCCACCCCCCCCUUACCCUUUCUAUACCCCCCAGAUUACCUGCAUAGCGCCUGUAUAGACCGCAGCGCUGUACAGAUUGGACCUUAUAGAUGGGUUAUAGAGCGGCAGGUCAUUUACUGACAAUUUCAUGCUGGAUAAUACACACACGAGGUGCAUGGAUAGAGCCUGGGCAGAUUAUAAUCUAGAGCAGGGGUUCCCAACAGGGCCGGACUGGGGAUACGAAGCAGCCCUGGAAAAAAAUCUAUGCCAGCCCCAUAAGUCAUUGUGCUAUGUAGGGUGUUGUAUAUAUAUAUAGGCAAUUGAAAUAGUUGGCUGCACUCUCGGAUUUCCUGAAAAUGUAACUUUUAUUGAAAUAGUUAAGAUCAAUGUUUCAGUCCCUCUUGUGGACUUUCGUCAUGAUCUUGAUGCAAGGGACUGAAACGUUGAAAUAUUAAAUAUUUCAAUAAAAGUAAAAUUUUAAGGAAAUCCGAGAGUGCAGCCAACUAUUUCAAUUGCCUAUAUAUAUUCUUCUUCUAAUUCAAAAUAUUAGUUCUUUUAGGGUAAUUAAAUUAUACAGUAAAGCAUUCUCACAGACAGACAAUCUUACUGAUGCACACAAAUAGGCUCAUUGACAGACAAUGACACACACAGACAAGGUUACUGGCACACACACAAAUUUAGUACAGACAAACUCUGAUACACACACACAAGCUUACUAUAGACAAGCUUACUAUAGACAAGCUCACUGUCACACACACGCUCACUACAGACAAGCUCACUGAUCAGCACACACUCUCCCUACAGACAAGCCCAUUGACACACCCGCUCCCUACAGAAGAGCUCACUAACACACAGAUUCACUACAGACAAGCUCACUGACACACACAUGCUCACUACAGACAAACUCACUGUACACACAUGCUCACCACAGACAGGCUCCGACACACACAGACAUAUGAUCCCUACAGACAAGCUCACUGACACACAUACAAGCUCACUCACUAGCAGGCACACACACACAAACUCACUAGCAGGCACACACACACACACAGAGGCUCCCUCACUAGCAGAUGCGUGCACACACACACAAAGGCAGACAGUCACUGACACCCAGACAGACAGCCACACACACAAACAGGCAGACAGUCACGCACACACAGGCAGACAGUCACACAACAGACAGUCACACAGUCUCACACACACACAGUCACACACACACAGACAGUCACACACACACAGACAGUCACACACACACACACACACAGGCAGUCACACACUCACACAGACAAUCACACACAGGCAGUCACACACUCACUCACACAGACAAUCACACACAGGCAGUCACACACACAGACAAUCACACACAGGCAGUCACACACACAGACAAUCACACACAGGCAGUCACACACUCACACAGACAAUCACACACAGGCAGUCACACACUCACACAGGAAGUCACACACUCACACAGACAAUCACACACAGGCAGUCACACACUCACACAGGCAGUCACACACUCACACAGACAAUCACACACAGGCAGUCACACACUCACACAGACAAUCAUACACAGGCAGUCACACACUCACACAGACAAUCACACACAGGCAGUCACACACUCACACAGACAGUCACACACACACUCACACAGACAAUCACACACAGGCAGUCACACACUCACACAGGCAGUCACACACACAGACAAUCACACACAGGCAGUCACACACUCACACAGACAAUCACACACAGGCAGUCACACACUCACACAGACAGUGACACACAGACACACUGACCUGCUUCUUACCUCCUGCAGGCUGGUUGUUGGGGAAGCAGGGACUCCUUCCUGCUUCCCAUGCUGCAAUCAGCCCCGCCCCCGCCGCACGCUUAGCCCCACCCCCGCCGCACGUAAGCUCCGCCCCCACUGCAAAUUUUUUUUUUUUUUAUGAUCCCGGCCGGCCAUGUGUGAGCUGUGCCGGCCGCCUGGCUCCCCCGCUCCCAUGGGGCGCUGUGCGGCCGCACAGCUCACACAUGGCCGGCCGGGAUCACAGGAGCUGUCAGCCCAAUGAUCAGGGCUGUCAGACCGGCCCCAGGUGCCGCGGCCCACCGGGAAAUUUCCCGGUAUCCCGGUGGGCCAGUCCGGCCCUGGUUCCCAACCCAGUCCUCCAGUACCCCCUACCUGUCCAGGGUUUAGGGAUUACCCAGUUGUGUUUAAAGUGUUUUUUUGUUUUGUUUUGUUUUUUUCUCCUCCCUUUCUAAAAUCCUUUUAGACACAACAGGGUAAUCCCUAAUUCCUGGACAGGUAGUGGGUACUGGAGGACUGGGUUGGGAACCCCUGAUCUAGGUUCUAGGGGGUAAUUUGUUUGUUUAACCUUGUGUGGUGUAUCAGCUAAACUCUGAAUUCCACAGCAGCUGAAUUGGAAAUAUUCUUCAACUAAGCUUUGUUGUUCUAAAUGCCAAUUUUGGCCUCCUAUUUUUACCAAACUGUUUAAAGGGACACUGUAGUCACCCAGACCACUUCAGCUCAAUGAAGUGGUCUGGGUGCCAGGUCCCCCAGGUUUUAACCCUUCAGAUGUAAACAUAGCAGUAUAUAUAUAUAUCUCCUCGUGCCCAGCACUCCCUGCUCCCUUUUCUUGUGUGCUUUGGCCCAGCCUUAAAAUAAUAUCCCAGUAGAGUGCACUUCGAGAGCUUGUUUAUGAAAAUCACAAUAGUGCUUUAUUUUUGCAAAAUGCAAUAGUACAUUUCGACGUUUCAGUUCAUUUGGACUUUUAAGUGAAAAUAAAUCUGGUACUGCAUGAAUAUCAUUGGAGGGUGAGUGAUGAAAACGAGAUGUGAUGUCACUGAUGGGGUAUGAACUUUUAAAAUGCCUCAUUCACAAGAGUUCACCUCUUACUGGAUAAAGUGUGAGUGAAAAAAAAAAAUGUGCAAAUAAGAACUAUACAUACGAGAUAUAAAGAUGUAAGAAAUAAGUAGGAGAAAGCAUGAAGCCCGAGAAGUUCUGUUUGUGUGAUGGGAGUUGAAGUUUGAACCCUCGAGUUUGCAUGUGAUUUGGCUUCCCUGCUUUAGACUUGUGUGUGUUUCAUUAUUAGUCCUCUUGUGGAAUUUGUAGUAGCUCUGUUUCCCAUUAUUUUAUGACUUUUCGAAGAAAAACAAAAUGUAUGCACAAAUAUCACUUUAAGAAGAAUAUUGUUGCACAUUAAAUUGAUUAACUCGUAUAAGGUUUCUAGGGCAACCGAAACUUUGAUGUAUGUUAAAGGGAUACCAUAGCCAGGAAUACAAAGCUGUAAAUGCUUUCCUAUGAGGAAAAAUCUGACGCUUGACGUCCUCAUGCAAAGCGUGAGGACGUCCAGCAUCUGAUACCGGUCCGUUUCAAUCUAGUGCUGACUUAGUGCUGCAAUGUAAACAUUGCAGUUUCUCUGGAACUGCAAUGUUUAACAUUGCAGCACUAAGGGCAAUAGGGACACUGGAUCCAGACCACUUCAAUGAGCUGAAGUGGUCUGGGUGCCUACAGUGUGAAGUGGUUGUCUCUGAUACCUUAUUGCACAUAAUAUCACUGUUUAAGUUCCUUACACACACACACACGUUGUUAUUGAUAUCACGUUGGGACCCGGGGGCACCUCUCGCACCAUAACUACAUCACCCAGCUCUAGUGAUCAUGGUGCUUGGAGUGCUUCUUUAAAUUGUUAAUUUAAGGAAAAAUCUAAUUUCAUUGAAAUGCUAGUUAAUGUGUUUUGGCCAGAGGCAAUUGUCUCUGCAAAUCACACACAUGAAUUAAUAAUUACAAUGUUGUAUUAAAACACAUUAAUUAUAGUAUAUGAGAAGGAAGAAAGGCUGGCGGCUUAUUUUGUCAAGUUUAGAGUAGGUCAAAGCAAGAUAUUAUAUUGUAAUGUGUUCUGUACUGUAGAGAAUUGUGGAUAGUUUAAAUAACACUCCCUGUAUCUAUAUAAACAUACAUUCAGAUUAUUGAUGGCCAUAACUGUGACUAACCAUAGCCUUUUCUGUAAUACAUGGCCGUUUCUAUCUGAGAUCUAUUGCAGGUUUAUAUUUCUUUUUUAAUUAGGUUUAUGAAGGUUAAUUUUGUGGGUUUUUACACUUUGAAUAGUUGUUAUUGUCUUGUAUACACCUUUGGCACUCUAGGGGUUAAUAGCAUCAGAGCCCAGAUAUAAUGUGUUUUUGUAGACUUCCUGGUAAAAAAAAAAAACAAUAGGAGUAACACGUGACAGAUCAUAUAAAUGUCUUUGAUCGUGCUUGCUUAUAUAUAUAUAUUUUUUUUUUUUUGUGAAUAUAAUUUUUAUUUGUAUUGGUUAGUCAAGAUUCGAAGACUCGCAGGUCUCCAAGGUGAGUUUUGCUUAUAUUUUUUUACCGUUUGUUUUGUUGCACAGCACAGUAGCUAGCUAAAAGCUGUGGGGUGUGAUUCUUCUGUUACCUGAGCCAUUUUUAUUUUCAUUUAUAUUAUAUCUUUUCUGUAGACCGUGUCUGAUGGCGAAAUUCGAAACACCAUUUUGUUUAAUGCUUCCAAGCGGGAGAUCUUUACCAUCAAUAAUGGUUACAAGUCACUUCAGAAAAGACUAUGUAGCAACUGGAAGAUACAAAGGUGAGCAAUAUUUGUGACAUGUUGCAUUACAAAAAAAUGAAAAAAAAAAUGUGUAUGUAUAUGUUGUUGUGAGAUAGAGAUAUAUAUUAAUGUAGGUGGGGUUCAUGGUUAAUGUAAUGGGUCGUUAUAAGCACCAUAACCACUACACAGCAUUGGGGGUUAUUAUUUCAGUACUUCUUUGAUGCCAUCCCCCAUCUAAGAGUAAAAUGAAUUUCUAACAGUUUAAAUCUUCCCUGAGUCCUCCCAGAAAUGUGUAGUCUAUUUGGAGAUCGGAAGUUUCCAGUCACUACCCAUUGUCAGAUUGGUCUUUAUUUCACGGUUACAUCUUUGCUCCUGCAAAAACUAUUUAUGAUGAACAUUUUCCUAUGGCCUGCGAAAUAUAAUAUGACUGUUUCGGCAGUUGUGGACCUAUUGAAAUUGAAAGAACCACUGCUUUUACACAACCCUUGAAAGGAGAAUGUAACGGAUUCCUUAUUUUUUUUUAUUUUUCAUUGCCUCGCCUCUUACUUAGUCGUUCUGCUCUUCAUUAUAUAAUGAUAUUUCCUAACUCCACAGAGCUCUUAAUUCAUUGAAUUUAUGUAGUUGGCAAAUACAGCAAACACCUGUGCAAGCCUCUGUAAAGGAAUGAUUCACUAAGAUAACUCUCUUCAGGGUCCAUUACCACAUAAGAGCACUCAACUUUGAAUACAAGCUCUGGAGAAUUCACUUUCACUCAAAUCAUAUGAAUCCCUAUUGACUUAAUUACCUUAAUUUUUUAGGUAAACUCUAAAAACCAUAACCACUAUGGCAUUUUUUUUUUCUUUUCAAUCGUUUUGGAGCAAUCUUGCACAUCAUUGAUAUGUUGAGAAUACCAAGCUAGCCCAUCUCAAUGUUUUUAGCCUACCUAUGCUGCCCAAGUUUGGAUAAAUUUGUACUUGGUAAUGUAGAUUAAUAAUUUUCACAUUUUCAGUGUGGCUGAAGAGGGAAGGGGCUAUGAAUACAAAAAACAAAACAGUCUACCUUUUUUUUUUUAACCUGUUAAGUAUUUGGUGCCUAAUAAUGGUCUUGGUCUAUAAGCCAGUUGCCCAAAAUACCUGCAUACAGCUGAUGUUCUUUUUCGCUUCUCCUCUUAGUCUUAAAGAAGACUUAACUAUAGAGAAACUGGAAGGUGUGAAGUUAUGGAUAACAUCUGGACCUAGGGAAAAGUUUACAGCUGCAGAGGUGAGCAGACAAUUCAGUAAAUGGCCAUUGAAUCUGUAAUAUUUGUCAAUAUAUUGGGCUACUCCCCAAACUGAGUUGCCAUUGAAGUCCGUAAUUACUCCUUUCCCAAGUUGACAGUUACAAACAGUAUGUACUCGGGGGACAUUGCUCAGUCUACUAGUCGAUGGCACACUUUUGUGACCUUUGCCGAAUAUUGGCAUAGUGAUAUCAGCAAAGUGAUAAACUAUGCUGUGGACUCCUUAUCCCCUACUUUCUUGGGAUUGUGAUACCCUGUUUCCUCUAAGAAGAACAUUUCUCUCCACAUUGGUGCAUUAACUAAUGAAAAAAAUAAAUGGCAGAAACUCUCUUGGCUCUUGGUUGCUAAAUAGAAUAAAGAGACCAUCUAUUUGUUUUAUUCCAUCUUAUUAUACAGUUUGAAACACUAAAACAGUUCCUGAAUAAGGGAGGAGACAUUCUGGUGAUGCUUGGAGAAGGAGGAGAGUCCAAGCAUGACACGAAUAUCAACUUCCUGCUGGAGGAGUACGGCAUUAUGGUUAAUUCAGGUAAGAAAGUCUUCCAUUCUUCUGCACACUGGUCAGAAGACAACAUUGUUUGGAAAUGCUACACAGUUGUCAAAACAUGCAGUGUCCAUUCCCAUUAAGACCAUCCUCACACUUCUCAUUUUGUAACAUAAGAGUUACUUGCACGCUAUUCUAAAUCCUUAUGCACAUUUAAAUAACUGGAUAUUUAUAGUAUCACUCCAAUGGACAUUAGAUUGUAAGCUCACCUGCCACAUCAAGGCAAACCUCCUAGGUGAGUGCUAAACUAACAAUUCACCUUGCUUCUUCAGCUUCAGGUAAAAAAAAAAAUCUAAUUAGACAGAAAAGAGUAUUUAUCUAAAUCCCUACGUACUUAUUAACCCUUAAUAGGGGGAACAUGGGGUGGGCAGCAGGACUUAUUUCUGCAUAUUUGUAUUUGCUUUUGUAUCACAGAGCCAUGUUACAGUGCUGCUGCCCACCCCAUGUGUUCCCUAUUAAGGAUUAAUAAGUAUGUAGGGAUUUAGAUAAAUACCCCUUUCUGUCUCCUUAAAGAUUGUUUUACCUGAUGCUGAAUGAAGUAAUGUGAAUUGUUAUUUAAAUGUACAUAGGGAUUUGGGAUAGUAACUUUUUUUUUUAUUUUUUUUUUAUUAUUAUUAUUAUAAAAUACAUCAUUCUGAACAUUAGGGGACACUCAAGGUCACGUUUGCGAAUAUAUUUACAGGCCAUGGUUAACUAACAGAGGAUGAUAGCUCCUGUCUGCAGGCAUACUUUGACAUCAUGUAAUGCUCCAACUAAAUUGGAGGGCUAAAAAUAUAUUAUGCUCUUCAAAGUAGAAUGGUCCAACAUUAUGUAAAAAUUAUGUUAUAAAAAGUUCACAAUAUUAUACCAGAUCUUGUGUCACAAGACAAUGUGACCUACGUUGAAUUUCAUUGAAUAGUUAGCAGCCCAACUAUUGUAAUUACACAUCCUUGAUAGGCUGGCAAACCAGCAUGAGUGCUUUAGCCCAAUAGGUAGAGUUGGCUGUGUCUUCUGUAUAUAUUUAUAGAGAGCCGUUUGUACCUUUGCAAAGAAUGAGAGAGACUGUCAGCAUAGCGCUGUAACACUGCACCCAACCUCAUAUUCUCUCCUUCCUUCUCCCCACUGGAAGAUUCUGUUGUGAGAAAUGUCUACUACAAGUAUUUUCACCCCAAAGAGGCACUUGUAUCCAAUGGAGUUCUGAAUCGGUAAGUGCCUGUUAAUGUCUUUGCUAAUGACUAAUAAGUGGGGGUUCCAGUUAAAAAAAAAAUUAUUUUUUUUUUUUUUUAACAAUGAGAGCAAAAUACAUUGAAUGGGGUUUGUCAGUAGUACAGGCAUAAAAUGGUAACAAAAUCUGUCAAAAUACAGUUGCAAGACAAAGUAUGUGAACCCUUUGGAAUGAUAUGGAUUUCUGCACAAAUUGGUCAUAAAAUGUGAUCUGAUCAUCAUCUAAGUCACAACAAUAGACAAUCACAGUCUGCUUAAACUAAUAACACACAAAGAAUGAAAUGUUGCCAUAUUUUUAUUGAACACACCAUGUAAACAUUCACAGUGCAGGUGGAGAAAGUAUGUGAACCCCUAGACUAAUGACAUCUCCAAGAGCUAAUUGGAGUGAGAUGUCAGCCAACUGGAGUCCAAUCAAUGAGAUGAGAUUGGAGGUGUUGGUUACAGCUGCCCUGCCCUAUAAAAAACACACACCAGUUCUGGGUUUGCUUUUCACAAGAAGCAUUGCCUGAUAUAAAUGCCUCGCACAAAAGAGCUCUCAGAAGACCUACGAUUAAGAAUUGUUGACUUGCAUAAAGCUGGAAAGGGUUAUAAAAGUAUAUCUCCAAAAGCCUUGCUGUUAAUGAGUCCACGGUAAGACAAAUUGUGUAAAUGGAGAAAGUUCAGCACUGCUGCUACUCUCCCUAGGAAUGGCCGUCCUGUAAGGAUGACUGCAAGAGCACAGCGCAGACUGCUCAAUGAGGUGAAGAAGAAUCCCAGAGUGUCAGCUAAAGACUUACAAAUGUCACUGGCAAAUGCUAACAUCCCUGUCAGCGAAUCUACAAUACGUAAAACACUAAACAAGAAUGGAUUUCAUGGGAGGAUACCACAGAGGAAGCCACUGCUGUCCAAACAAAACAUUGCUGCACAUUUACAGUUUGCACAAGAGCACCUGGAUGUUCCACAGCAGUACUGGCAAAAUAUUCUGUGAACAGAUGAAACCAAAGUUGAGUUGUUUGGAAGAAACACACAACACUAUGUGUGGUGAAAAAAAGGCACAGCACACCAACAUCAAAACCUCAUCCCAACUGUGAAGUAUGGUGGUGGGGGCAUCAUGGUUUGGGGCUGCUUUGCUGUGUCAGGGCCUGGACGGAUUGCUGUCAUCGAAGGAAAAAUUAAUUCCCAAGUUUAUCAAGACAUUUUGCAGGAGAACUUAAGGCCAUCUGUCUACCAGCUGAAGCUCAACAAAAGAUGGGUGUUGCAACAGGACAAUGACCCAAAGCAUAGAAGUAAAUCAACAACAGAAUGACUUAAACAGAAGAAAAUACGCCUUCUGAAGUGGCCCAGUCAGAGUCCUGACCUCAACCCGAUUGAGAUGCUGUGGCAUGACCUCAAGAAAGCGAUUCACACCAGACAUCCCAAGAAUAUUGCUGAACUGAAACAGUUCUGUAAAGAGGAAUGGUCAAGAAUUACUCCUGACCGUUGUGUACGUCUGAUCUGCAACUACAGGAAACGUUUGGUUGAAGGUAUUGCUGCCAAAGGAGGUUCAACCAGUUAUUAAAUGCAAGGGUUCACAUACUUUUUCCACCUGCAAUGUGAAUGUUUACAUGGUGUGUUCAAUAAAAACAUGGCAACAUUUCAUUCUUUGUGUGUUAUUAGUUUAUGCAGACUGUGAUUGUCUAUUGUUGUGACUUAGAUGAUGAUCAGAUCACAUUUUAUGACCAAUUUGUACAGAAAUCCAUAUCAUUCCAAAGGGUUCACAUACUUUUUCUUGCAACUGUAUGUGAAAUGAGGGUGGCCCACCAUAACUGAAUAGGCUGCUAUGCAAUGUAGGAAGCAGGAGAGGAACCUACUACUGUAUGCCAUAAAAAAAAAAGUAGGUGAGAUGAAAAUCCGACAAAAAAGAAAAAAACAGAUUGUAAAAAAAUAAAUAGGUCCCCCCCCCCCAUUGCUAUUUAGGGCCCCCACCCGCUGCUCAGCAGUGGGGGGCCGGGGGGAAGGACAAUAGGUCCCCUCUCCACAUUCUCAUUUAGGGCCCCCACCUGCUGGUCAUGGGUGGGGGCCGGGGGGAGGACAAUAGGUGUGUCCCCAGCCUCCCCCCAUUGUUUUUAUGGCCCGCACCCGUCGCUCAGGGAUGGGGCCCAGAGGGGAGGACAAUAGCCCCACCCACCACUCAGAGGUGGGGGCUGGUGGGGAGGACAAUAGGUCCCCUCCCCACAUUCUCAUUUAGGGCUCCCACCCGCCGCUCAGGGGUAGGGGCUGGGGGGGGCUCUAGGUCCCCCCUUCAGUUUAAUAGCCCCCACUCACGCUGCUCAGGAGGGGGGUACUAGGUUUUUGUUUUUUUAACAGUGAGCAGCCACAGGCUGCUCACUGUUUAGUAGACAUGCCCCUGUUUAGUAGACAUGACAGUGCUGCUUUAAGUUUAAUGAAGCAGUUUGUGUGUAUAGAUUAUGCCUCUGAAGCUUCACUGGUCAAGUGUCUGCCAUUUAGGAGUGAAAUCACUUUGUUUCUGUUUAUGCAGCCCUAGCCACACCUCCCCUGGCUGUGACUGACACAGCCUGCAUGAACAAAACAAAAAAAAAAUGGUUUAAUCAGAUGUAACUUCCCUUAAAAGAUUUUAUUUCCUGCUCUGUAAAUUGAACUUUAAUCACACACAGGAGGCUCCUGCAGGGUCUAGCAAUUAAACAGAAUUUGCAUCAAAUGAAGUAUAAACAUUAGAUGACUCUUUAAAUGAAGUUUAUAGGAAGGCUUUGCAAGUCAUGUGCAGGAAAGUGUGAAUAGAAUCCGUAAAUAAAGUUAUUUAACUCCUAAAUGGCAGAGAAUUGAGCAGUGAGACUGUAGGGGCUCUAUACACCAAAACUUGUGUUGUUUGUUGACUAUACUGUCACUUUAAAGUGACAGGAAUCUAAAGGGGAUUUGCACUAUCAAAGGUACAGCUCAACAUCCAGUGAAGAAUCUUGUGUGAUAUAAUCAGCUGGAGUCACAAGACUUCAAAUAUAUGUCUAUGACAAGCUUAUCUAAGGACUUUAAAAUCAUACUCACUUAAAACAAUGUAAUUUCACCCGUCAGAAAAAAAAACCAUGAAUUAAAUGAAUUUCUUUGUUAAAAUUAAUAAUUCUUUCUCUUUUUCCUGGUUAUGGGAAAGGCCCUUACUUAGCUGUGCAAUAUUAAACUUUUCUCAUUGAUCUGAUCUGAUCUGAUUCUGUUCACAGGGAGAUCAGCAAAGCUGCUGGAAAGGAAGUGUCUGCUGUAGUGGACGAAGACGGUGGAGGAAACAACACCCAGUGAGUUUUGGGCAAAGGGUUUUGUUAGAAGCCAAAAUGUCACUUAAAAAAAGCAAAAACAAGUUAAUUUAAAGUUCCAUCAGCACUGCAAUAUGACAUCAUCUCUAUCAAAGUAUGAUAAUACACAUCCCACCCCCAACCUGUUUUUUAACAAGGAAACGAGAUUAAGAGAAGAUCGAUAAGAACGGUAGAGCUUGUCCUCCUUUUUUAAUGACCCAGGGUGCAGAGAGUCUGAUUCUAUUUACACCAAAGUUCAUCCAAUGCCAUUUUUGGUGUUGGGUGAAUGAUGAGGGUACCAGUCUUAAUGAUUACAGAAGCUGUUAUGAGAAAUAUUCAUUUUAUUUAUUCUUAUGUGAAUACUAUGUUUAGUGUAACAUUAUCUAUUCUCAUUCCUCUUUCAUUUUUCUUUUGCCAUAUUUCUGUACAUUCUGCCACAUCUUCUCUUUCUCUGCCCCUUUAUUAUCACCAUACUCUUAACCCUGGGUCAUUCUACUUAUUUCUUACAGGGCUCUGACAUUUCUUUACCCGUAUGGUGCAACCCUUAACAUCAUGAAGCCAGCAAUGGCCAUAUUGUCCACUGGAUCUGUCUGCUUCCCCCUCAACAGGCCAAUCCUUGGUUUCUAUCAUUCUCGGGUAAAUGUCCAUUAUCCCUUUCUUAAUGUGGUGUUUUUUUUUAUUGACUUUAUUUUAAUCUUUUCUAUUCUUUAUUCUGUUAUUUAUAUUUUUACUUUUUAUCCUUUCAGACACAGGGAGGAAAGCUGGCUGUUAUGGGAUCUUGUCACAUGUUCAGUGAUCAGUAUCUGGACAAGGAAGAGAAUUCCAAAAUCUUGGUGAAACAUAUUUUAUAUACUAUAACCAAUGCAAAAUGUAGAACACAAAAUGUUAGCAGAGAUUCAGCUUUUUAUUAUUGUUAUACAAGGUGUCCACAUAAACAGGAGAAUAAUAAAUGUGAGUGUUUAUUUAUAAUAUGAUAAAAUACAGUUGGGCUUACCUCACUUAUAUGAAGUUUAGCUGGUGAUUUCCAUUUUAUAAGAUACAAACACGCAAAUUUCCUAUCUGUGAUUGUUGGACCCAUUUGUGUAUUUCUUUGGGUCUUUAAAAGUAGGGGGGGGGGGGUGAUCCACACAUGGCCCCAUCACUGUCUGUAAAUCUAUAAAAAUACAUUAACAAGGGAAAUACAGGGAACAAGAAUUUGUUAUGAAUAUUUUCUUUCACUGAACACAGGAAGUGGGGGGAAAAGAAAUGGAAUCAAUGUUUGUUGCUACUUGUGCAAUGUGUGCCUUGGCUGUGCCAGGAGUUAACCGGAUGGUGAUGUUAAUUCCUAAAUCUUUAAUAUACUUCUAAAGAAACCGGCGCAUAACACGAAAAACCAGUUAACACCAGUUAUGGGGAUUUUGAAUGUUUUAUUCAUUGGUGCAAUUUCUAGAUAUGAGACUGUAGAAUAUUGCAUAUUCUAUGUUUCUAUUGAUUAUAUAUGGAUGUGUGGAUUGACAUAAGUAACAGAUGGUAUCAAUAAGUCACAAGGCUUUCUUUGUCCGAGAGCUCUGGAAUGUGGAUUCGGGGGUCUUGUCCUUAUAUGGCAAGAGUUAAACGCUGACGUUAGUAUUAGCACAUCUAUAUAGUAACAGAGGGACACGAGGUCGCUCUCACUCUUGGCUUGGCUCUGUACAACGAUGUAACUCUCCCAUCAGAAGUCCAGCAAUUACCAUCUGCUGUUGAAUGUACACUAUCCUGUAACAUCAUUUAUUAUGUUUUAUUAUGUAUCCGUAACAAAGAAUAAACCUGAAGAAACCGUAAGUCAGAUUGCGUAUUACUACUUUUCAAUAAUAUAGACAUAUAUUAUUGUGGCGAGCAUUUGGCCCAAGAAUACAUAUACAAAAGACGUAUAUAUAUCAAUCAUCUAGAUUUUACAGAGACGGUCCCCCUUUGUUGCACUUUGGUUUUGUCGUUCACAAAGGUUUGUGGUAACAAUGUUGGCCAUCACCAAUCCUACUUAUUUUCCCUCCUACUUUGUCACAGGAUGUGCUGAUGCAAUGGCUUACCACUAAUGACAUCCGCUUAAAUCAAAUCGAUGCAGAAGAUCCUGAGGUGAGCAUUGGUGACCCACGGAGUGUUAGUGGCUGUUACUAAAGGAUUCUGGGAGUAGGGUAUACGUUUGGAUUGGUUUGUCAGAGCCUUCUUUGAUAUCCAUUUUCUGCUCUUUAUUCCAUUUAGAUAUCAGAUUACACCAUGCUCCCAGACACCAACAAACUCUCCCAGCGCCUGCGAGUCUGUCUUCAGGAAGGGGAUGAGAACCCUCGAGAUUUCACCACCCUGUUUGACAUGAGCAUCUACCAGCUGGACACCACAUCUCUCCCUAAAGUCAUUAAGUUAGUGAUCUAACUACAACAUAUCCUUUCUGUUUUUUUUUGUUUUUUUUCUCUAUUCUUCUACUUUUUUUUUAUGAUUGAAUCUGAAAUUAGAGUACUUAUAAAAGUUAUCUGACUGCGUUAAAAAUUGAUUCUCAUAGUUUAAAUUGGUAUAACUGGUUUUGGUUGCCUUUUCACAUAGUUUUUGUCCAUGUUACAGAUCAUAUGAGCAACUCAAUGUGAAACAUGAAAGUCUCCAACUCAUCCAGCCUCAGUUUGAGUCUCCGCUGCCUGCUCUGCAACCUGCUGUAAGUGAAUUGCAUUUACCCUGUGGUAUAGAUCACCAAUACUGCCAGCCUUGACUAUUUAUGCCUCUAAAAAAUAAAUCCAUACAAAUAAGAUACACCUGUACGUGCCAACUUGGACUCUGCAUGGGACUGAUGUUUUAUUGGUCACUCUCACAGCACUGACCUUCUUUGUAGCUUUAGCAAGCAGUUCUCCAUUCUAAGACUGAUCCAUAAAUCUCUUUACCUUUUGGCUGGUCAUUCCAAAACAUUAUGUUUUGCAGGGAUAUUCAUGGAGCUACGAAGACCUUUAUGCUUCAAUCCAAGGCCUAAAUUUAAUUAGAUUUUCAAAUGAUUUCUUACUAUUAGGGAAACUUUCCAAAUGAUUUAUCUACAGAAGUCACCAUUAAAGACAAUUGGAGUUUUUGUAGAUAAAUGAUUUGGAAAGCUUUGAGUCCUUUGCAAAGCUUAUUAAAUCGAGGCUCCCUAGUCCGAGAGGUAUCAUGCUUGUGCCAUAACUAAAAAAGGGAAACAAAAGACAGAUGGUCACCGCUAGGUUCCUAUGACGUAUGUCAAUGGUCUAGUCGUGACCUGCCGUCUAUAGUCCUAUGACGUAUGUCAAUGGUCUAUUCGUGACCUGCCGUCUAUUUACCAUCUUACCUAGGGGACACCAAACACACCCUGAAUGUUUUAGAUGGAGUACACCUUCCUGACAAUGCUAUCUUAUGCAGUUUGGAUGUAGAGGGGCUUUAUAGCUCUAUCCCACACGAGAUAGGCUUAGCAUAUCUAAAAGCCUUCCUCGAUACUACCUCAACUACUCCAAAAAGAAACAAUCAAUUUGUACAGGAUCUAAUGCGUUUUAUUCUGACGCACAACUACUUCAUUUUCCAGGGAAAAUACUACCACCAGGUAAGAGGGACAGCUAUGGGGACGGCUUGUGCCCCCUCAUAUGCCAACCUCCACCUGAGUUGGUGGGAAAAGACAAUUGUGUUUGGGUCCCAUUUAGAUAGAUAUACCAAGUUUAUCAGUGUCUGGAAACGUUAUAUUGACGACAUUUUAAUAGUAUGGAACAACACUACUGAACUCUUUGAAGAAUUUGUAGAAACAUUGAAUCAUAAUGAUAUUAACCUCAAACUUACCUUCGAAAUAGGCGGAAGAAAAAUCAAUUUCCUGGACAUAUCAAUUAUGAUCACAGACAAAGGUCACCUGAUAACUAUACUAUUUCGGAAACCUACUGCAACAAAUAACCUAUUGAAUUGGAAGAGUUACCAUCCACUCCCCCUUAAAAAAGGCAUACCAGUGGGGCAAUAUUUGCGCCUACGACGCAAUUGCUCCACACUUGAUGACUUCAAGGCUAAAGCUAAAACACUGAAAGAACAAUUUAAAAAUAAGGGUUAUCCAAAUAGAUGCUUAAAAAAUGCAUACAAACGUACACUCCUAGUUGAUAGGAAGGAACUAUUGACGGAGGAUUCAAUUCGAGAAACCUCACAGACCAUCAUCUAUUGGGAAUUUUGAUGUCGGUUGGCAACCAAUACUUAAGAUCCUGGGGAGAUAUUGGCCUUUGUUACUCCAAGAUCCCCAUAUACAUAAAACAAUAACUCCAUAUGCCUCUCUAACAGCAAGGAGAGGACGAAACAUCAAGGAUAUGUUAGUUCCCAGUCACCUUAAAACUACCACAAGUAAAUCUACAUGGCUAAAAUCUCCAGUGACCGGCACUUACCAAUGCGGUAAAUGUAAAGCCUGUAAAUUUAUUCUUCAACCUUCAAAGAAACUUUCAGACUCCACGAAUACAUACAAUUUUAAUGUGAAAAAAAUUUUCAAUUGCCAAUCUAAAGACGUGAUCUACCUACUUACAUGUUCAUGCAAGAAGCUAUACGUCGGAAAAACCAUCCGCACUUUUAAAUGCAGGACUCGAGAACAUGUAACCUCCGUUAAUCCGAGGAGACUGGUAGAUACCCCUAUCUCUAAGCACUUAAAACUACAUCAUGGAGGCUCUGCUGAAGGUAUACGCUUCUGCGGUAUAGAAAAAGUGACACUCUGCCCCAGAGGAGGUGAUCUAGAUAAAAAAAUUGUUACAGAGAGAGAGUUAGUUUCUGGAUAUACAGACUCAAAACUAUCUCACCUCUGGGCCUAAACGAGGGCUUCUCAUAUACACCAUUCAUCUCUAACUAGAAUUACAGUUAUUUAUUUUUUAUUUUUAUUGUUUCUUAACUUACUCUAUCGACCAGAUACACUUGUAUAUAUUAUGUAAAUAGUAGCCCUAGUAUUGUAUAUAUUUAAGCAUUUUUUUUCAAAUUUUACCAAUACCUUUAGUUAUGAUAUACCUUAUAUAUCCCCUAUUAAUAAUAUUAGUGGUAUAACCUACAUUGGAAUAUUCCCUAUCCAUCUAUCUCAUGUCUAAAAUAUAUAUAACCAAUUUACUGUAUAUAUUUAACUAUUCUCUUUAAUUUUAUUAAUAUCUUUAGCUAAUUGGAAUGUAAUCCCUUUACAAGGAUUUAAGAUAUAUUUUACAUGACAACUGUACAAUAUAUACUACAAUAUUCUCUAUCUACUCAUCUCAUGUCCAAAAUAUACCUGAUUAAAAUUUAUGGUUUUGAAUCCAUAAAGACUACCUAAACUGUGGAUCAUUGUGAUUUCUCUUAUAACAUAAUUGUGUGAAACUUGGGCUAGAUAUUAUAGACAUUCAGAAUAUAUAUAUAUAUACAUAUUGGGAUUAUAAUAAAUAAUGGGAGUCAUGCUCCUUUAUGAUAUAUAGUUAUUUGAGAAAUUAUAAACAAGUCCGUUUUAUAUGGGCUGAGUGGAUGAAGGAUUAACUUGCAAUGUGUGUUCACUUGUCAAAAUCAAUAAGCUUGUCUCUUGUGGUUUCGCAAAUUACAUAUAUUGCAACAGUAUCCAACAAACUGAUUGACCUCUGUUGAUUCCACAUCGAAGAAGGCGGAAUGAAGCUUCCCUCCCACUUUGUCUAUCAGAAGACACGUGGGACGGAUGAAAACUCCCUGAUUGACAUUUUCCCAAUACCGCCUAUUGUGCACCACAUAACUCAUAUAUUAACACCCACUUCAUUUUUGGCGCAAUUGAACGGAGGAGCUAUCCCCUUUAGACACACCUCCAUUAUUACACGCAUUCCAUUGGUUGAUAAGGGACCUAGACCGGGGUAAAUAAGGUAUAUAAUAACUUUCUCAACUAGUAGCCUGUUUGCCUCUGACGAAAGUGCGCUAUACAUAGCACUGAAACGCGCGUAAGGCGUUUAUUUUGUUUUGUUUCUAUUAAAUGGGCACUUAACACAGCACAUUAGUUUGCCUCACAUGGGUUUUCUAUCUAAUUGUUACUAUGUUUCUUUUUGCUCCUUCUUUGUCUAGAUAGAUUAACAGGGAGAGAGGCUUUAUAAUUUAAUACUUUUGCAAGCUUUUCUAGCAACAUACUCAUAUCUUUGCUCUCUACCCUGUAACUAUUUCUAAUCUUUUGACGGAACGAACCCUUCGAAAUGUUGCCAAUAGGCACAUUACUUCUAUUCCAAUAACUUACAAGGGAAUCUACAUUUGGUUCCCUAGUAAUCAGCCUUUGAGCUACUUAUAUAUCUGUGGCUAUAUCGGUUUAUUGGAAAUAUAUUUGGAAGAAACCACCUUCUGAUUUAUUUGUGGAUACUUGGAUGUAUGAGAUCUAUAAUUAACUUAUUAUACACUGCCAUAUUUUCGGGCAGUAUAUCCGUAUCUCUUUUUCCUAUUAUUCAGACUAUUUCUAAAUUAAGUACGACAUAAGCAUUAACAGGAUUAUAUAUUACCAAGGAGGGUCCUAUUAUUACAUGCAUAUUAUAAUAGAUAGUUUCUCGAUAUCUAGAGCCAGACACAAUAAAGCUCACAUAUUAGACACUAUGAAACUAUAUACUCUCAUAUAUGUGUAUUAUGGAGCAUUUUCGAAUUGUUUAAAUUUUUCACUUCUAUUACCCUUUCAAUUCUAGCCACUAUUUUAUCUCUGUUAUGACUAAAUAGAGAUAGCCUUGACAUUCCACUUAUUUUGAACACAAGUUUUUUUGUGUAUCUACAUUGAAUAUUCUACCAUAACUUGGCUAUUCCUAUUUUCCAGACUACACAGCUUGUCACAUUUGUUUGUACAUUGUGACAAAUAUAGUGUGUGUUCAUUUGUUUUCCUUGUGCCAUAACUAUACAGUAACAUCAUACAGUUCGCUUUAAUGGUCCUGGCCUAGAAUUCUAUAAUCAUUGACCGUAAUCCAGUGAUAUUUUAAGAAUUUGUCAUAUUCUCACUUGCUAAUGCCUCCACUCAGGUUUUUCCACCUUCUUUCCGGGAAUUGCCUCCACCAGCCUUAGAUUUAUUUGACCUUGAUGAGAACUUCUCAUCUGAAAAAGCCCGUUUAGCCCAGAUAACAAAUCGAUGUAAGUAUGCUAGGAUCUACAAUCCACAUUUUGUUUGUAGUUUGUGUGUGUGUGAAUUUUUUUUUUUUUGUAUAGAAAUAAAAUCCUAAUCCUUCCUACUUUAUUUACCAGUUUUUAUUUAUGUAUUAAUUUAUUAUUAUUGCCAUUUAUAUAGCCCCAACAGAUUCCAUAGCGCUUUACAAUAUUAUGAGAGGGGGGAUUUAACUAUAAAUAGGACAAUUACAAGAAAGCCUACAGGAAAGAUAGGUUGAAGAGGACCCUGCUCAAACGAGCUUACAGUCUAUAGGAGCUGGGGUAUAAAACACAAUAGGAAAGGAAAUCGCAAUCAAAUAAGGUGGGAGUGAAGCAGAGCUGGAAGUGAUAGUAAAGUCUGGCCAUUUAGGAGAGAGCAGGAGACAAGUAUGUAAGGUAGAGGUUAGUCUGGGAGGCCAUAAGCUUUCAUAAAGAUAUGGGCUUUAAGGCACUUCUUAAAUGAUUGAAGACUAGGGGAGAAUCUGAUGGUGUUAUGCAGGCUAUUCCAUAGGAAGGGAGCCGCCCGCGAGAAGUCCUGCAAACGUAAGUUGGCCGUACAGGUGCGAGCAGCGGACAGGAGAAGGUCACGGGCAGAGCGGAGAGACCCAGAAGAGGCAUACCUAAGGAUCUGUAAAGAGAUAUAAGAGGGGCUAGAAUUGGUCAAUGCUUUAUAGGUAUGGGUUAGCACUUUGAAUUGACUCCUAUGGGAUAUAGGAAGCCAAUGUAAGGAUUGACAGAGUGGUAAGGUGUGAGAGGACCGACUAGAGGGGAAAACUAGUCUGGUGGUAGCAUUCAUUACAGAUUGUAGCGGGCAAUCUUUUUGGGAAGACCAAUUAGGAGAGGGUUACAAUAAUCCAUGCGGGAAAUUACUAGAGCAUGGACAAGCUCCUUAGCAGCAUCUUGCGUAAGAAAGGGGCAGAUGCCGGCUAUGUUUUUAAGAUGGAAUCUACAGGACUUGGUAACAUGCUGGAUGUGUUGAGGCCAGAAUCAAGUAUGACACCAAGACAGUGUGCUUGCAAGGAUGGACUGAUUUGGAUACCACUAACUUGAAGGGAAAGUGAAAGAGGAGGAUCAGUAAUAGGAGGAGGGAAGACAAAUAGCUCAGUUUUAGAGAGCUUUAAUUUUAGAAAGCGGGAGGACAUCCAGUCAGAGAUGGAAGAAAGGCAAGCAGUGACACGUUGCAGGACGGCAGGGGAGAGGUCCGGGGAGGAGAGUUAUAUCUGGGUGUCAUCAGCGUACAGAUGGUAGUGAAAUCCAAAUGAGGUAAUACGUUUGCCAAGAGAGGCAGUAUAAAGAGAAAAUAGGAGACCAAGGACAGAGCCUUGAGGACCCCAACCGAGACAGGAUGAGGGGAGGAGGUAUCAUUAGAAAAGGAGAAACUGAAUGAGCGGUGGGAGAGAUAAGAGGAAAACCACGAGAGGACAGAGUCACAGAGACCGAGUGAUUGAAGUCGUAUGGAGUAGUGGCCUUUGGAUUUAACUCCGAUUAGGUUGUUAGUAAUUAUUAAUUGUAACUUGUUUCCUUCUCUCUUCAGGCACAGAUGAUGAUCUUGAGUUUUAUGUGCGGAAAUGUGGGGAUAUUCUGGGGGUUACAGGAAACCUUCCGAAGGAAGAACGAGAUGCAAAGCACAUUCUGGAACAUAUAUUUUUUCAGGUUGUGGAGUUCAAAAAACUCAAUCAGGUAAUACUUAAGAGUGAAAACUAGCUAUUUUAUAGUAAAGACACAUGAACAUCAUAUUUCAUUUCAAGACUACUACUUUCUGACAUUUGUUUUGCCUGAAAAUUGUGAGGUGGCAUGUAGACACAAUGCUCAGGAUAGUAUAUAUUAAUAAGGAGUUAGUCUGGCCACAAAUUCUGGGAAUGAAGUGUGACUGAAUUGGAUUCCGAGCCUAAGUGCAUCUUAAGACUAUGAGAAGGUCCUAGAGCUGCACAUUUUCACUCUGGUUUAUUCACAGAGUAUAUUGAAGUAGCUUUCCAGAUUGUCAAGUAUCCAAAAUACUACAUGUUAUUGGACCUUUUCAUCUAAUCAAAACUUAAUCUUUGAGGAGGACACCUAUUUAACCUAAAUCAUUGAAAAUCAGGGUUAUUUGAGGGUUUAAUCCUGAGAAUGAAGAUUACAAAUGUGUUCAUGACUGUGUUGCACUUGCUCAUUCCUCUCCUUACUAACCAUUUUACUGGUUCUGUUUUAGGAGCAUGAUGUGGAUACAAGUGACGCUGGGUUCCAGAGCAGCUAAAAUCCAAUCGUUUAUUUACAGAAUUUGAUAUUUCACAUAUUUAUUGAUAUUUUUGUAUUUUUUUUUUUCUAAAUCAUCUUGUCUUUGGAAACUGUAAAUAUAUAAUACAUAGAGGGACCUUAUUUGUAAUAAAUUGGUUUAUAUAUUUGAUCAUGUUUUUUUCAUUUGAUCGAAUAUUCUGUUUCUAAAGGUAGAAUACACUUUGUAGUACUCUGAAAAUGCCUCCUGCUCUCUCUUCU